CAUCCUCUACAUUAGGGGUCAGGACGCAGCCGCAUUCCGAGAAGCUUCUCUCCUGCAGUAUCGUGAAGGGAAGCAGCAGCAGCAGGGCCAGCAGUCACAGCAGACACACCAGACAAGUCCAAGGAUAUUCCCGAAGUACUACAGGUCUCCGUAUGUUCCUCGUGGAGACAGUUCUGAAGACGAAGCUGGUGGUGGAAUAAGUACUGAUCUUACUCGCUCAAUUACGGCCCCAUCCUUUAUUACUCAUGAUCUUAGAUCACGAGAUCAUAGCCAUGAAGAUCUUCUCGGGUCUGUGUCUAGCCUUCCACAUGGUCAGCCUUUAGACAGUGAUGCCGAGGGACUUACAGUAAUCAAUAUCAAACACGCUCUAAGUGAGACUUUUGGGGAGUCACGCACUGAGGAAGCUAAUGUGUCUUCGGUUCAUAUUGGAGGCGAAGAAGAGAGAAGCCUAGAAGAUGACAGUGAAGACAGACCAUUUACAAUAACUUUCAAGAACGUCUCUGAAGCUCAGCCGGAAUACAGCUCUAAAGAAGAACUUGAACCAGAAUCUGAGGACCAUGAGGUUUUAGGAGUUCUCCAAGACAACGGAGGCAUCACAGUGGCAGCCUCAGAGGGCCGCUCGGACUCUUCAAGCCCCAUGCUGGAUGGCAAACACUGGGGUCCUGAGCGCACAGUCGAGGUGCGUCGGGAUGAGAGAAAUUCCCUUGGAAUUUCCAUUGUUGGCGGGAAGGUGGAUCUUAGUUGGUCUGGUUCUUCUGUGACAGGAAUUUUUAUCAAGAAUGUGCUUCCUGACUCCCCUGCUGGGAAGGGAGGCCAUUUGAAGACUGGUGACCGCAUAUUAGAAGUAGAAGGAAUUGACCUUCGAGAAGCAACUCAUGAGAAAGCUGUUGAAGUUAUCAAGAAGACGGGUGAUCCUGUUACCUUUGUUGUGCAGAGCUUAGUGCAGUGGACCCCAGCUCACUCAGCUGCUCCUUCACGUGACGUGAGCCGGCUUAGUUCCAGAUAUCCUACUGCAAUCACUCCUGCAAGAACUCCGACACCAGAACUCAUUCAGCCGGGCUUACCAGAUCACAAGAAGCAAGAGUUGCAAGCUAAUUUGCACCAACCUCUCCAGCGGCGUCAGACUACUGAAGACUCUGACUACGAUGAUGACGUUCAUUAUGACCAGGGCCGCAUUGACACCAAGAAGGGUGUGGAGAUUGAUCGUGCAAGUGCUGGUGCAAUCAGACGUACUAAAGCAGAGAAACAGGAGGAUACUGAGGAAGAAGAUGAAUUUGGCUACACAGCAAGUGAGUGUUAAAUUGUCUUGUGUACA